UCCUCAGUGGGAAGAGGAGGAUGGAGCUUCUUCCUGGAGACAGAGACAACCUCGCCAUUCAGACAAGAGGAGGACCAGAGAAACACGAAGUGACCGGCUGGGUGCUGAUCUCCCCUCUGACCAAAGACGAAGAGGGAUCGUACGAAUGUCACGCCACCAACUCCAAAGGAGAAGCUUCAGCUGUCGGCGCCAUUCACCUGGUCGAGUCCAUCGAUGACAUCAUCGUCAAGAAAGUGACGAAGGAGGACGAGCUGUGAUCACCUGAUCAGAGAGGAGGACGUCACAGGAAACGGCUGAGGACGUUUAAAACUCAGUGAAAUCUGAUUUUCUUUCUUCUUUGUUUUCAUGUUCUGAUUUUAAAAUAAACAUUUCGAUGAAUAAUUUGGUUUCAGUAAAAAAAAAAGAAAUCUUUUUUUGUUGUUUUCCUUUUUUCUCUUUAUCUUUUUUUCUUGAUUUUUUCACGUCUUUCUGGAUUCAAAGUUGAACUUUUUUAUUUUUAUUUUUUUUCGUUUAUUCUCUGAACUGAAAUCAUUCAUGCUUUUAUUUUGGAAAGAUUUAAUCUGUAUUGAUCAUCAGCUCAGAGUUUCGUAUUUAACCAUUUUAAUCUCUAAGUUGCAGUUUCUGAUAAAACUGAAAUGAUUUUUAAUUCUCUUUAACUGUAAUAAAAGUCGAGUUUUUAUUUUGUCGAGUGAAACUGAUCAAUAAUCAAUGUUUGCUGUUUCACUGUUGAAUAAAUCGACUUCAAAGUU